CGCAGGUACUCUACUGUUACAACACUACUCCCCAUCAGUCGACGGGUGAGUCCCCCUUCCUCCUCAUGUUCGGACAGGAGCCUAGACUGCCCCUCGAUUUCCUCCUGGGCCGGGUUCAGGAUCCUGUUGGGGGGGGUGUUCACGAAUGGCUGCAAGAACAUCAGGUCCGACUGCAGACUGCCUUUGACGGGGCUCGAGCCCGUCUGGAGACCGCCGCGGCCCGUCGGAAAAGGAACCAUGACUCACAGGUGCGUGAUGCACCACUGGGGGAGGGUCAGUUGGUAUUCUUACGCAAUGUUGGCGUACGGGGGCGUCACAAAAUCCAGGACCUGUGGAGCCCGGUGGUGUAUCGGGUUGUUAAGGCGCCUGGCGCAGGCGGAUCUGUAUAUACGAUAGCUCCCGUGCACAGUCUUGACCAGACUCGACAUGUCCAUCGGUCCUUGUUGAAGGCUGUCCUGGGGACCCACCCACCCACGUCAGUUGAUCCACAUGAGGCGCCCACCAGCAGUGCGCCUCAAACAUCCUCCACUGAACUAGAGUCAGCUGAAGAAAUGGAUUUAAUGGCCGUGUGCCAGGGGUUGCCCCUAGUCAACAUCCACAACCCGUCCGUAUCUUCAGGAGCAUCACCGCCCCGGGCAGUGGGCGAGCCUGGAGUGGAGGGAUCUGCUGUGGUAGUACCGUCAUCUUCCAGGGUGGUUGGACAGCCACCGGCUAUUGUGGUGACCGCGGUCCUCGAGCCUCCGGCCCGUGAGGAGACCCAGGGCAGCACUGUCCGAAGAUCAUCCCGUUCCACCGCAGGACAGCACUCAAAUGUCCACCACUUACCAAGGCCUGUAAGUGGAUCAGCAGAUGGGGUGGUGACACACCCAGCCUCUGUUUCCAUCCCGAACGCCAUUGGAACAAGUCAGGCUUCUUCAGAGCCCUAAUCGCCGGGACGGCGAUUCACAAAGGGGGGGUGGAUUGUAGCAGGAUGGAAUUGGCAUUGCGUAAUAGGAGUGAUUGACAGCUCGUGAUUGACAGCAAGGGGCGGGCUUAAGUCUAUUUAUCCAGGUAGACACUGGUUUCCUGUCUCGCUUCCGUUUCCAUUGGGACCUGUUGUUUUGGUGUGAGGUUGGGCUGUGUUGGCCACCGAGAGGCCGCGGAUGAACUGCGAAGAGCGGCGUUACUCACCUGCAUUUGUGAUCGUUUGAAGCGCACUGUAACCUACGUGGCGCUUAGGAGCCAGGAGCUGGCUGAUAGGGUGAGUUUGGUCUCCAUCCUCUCGAUAAGAUGUCCUUCUGUUAUUGCUGCCCCCCUAAUACGAACCAUCUUGAUGUUUGUAGCCAGUUAGCCUGCUCGAGGUAAUUGGUGUGGCGUGGCGAUCCUUGGAAACGCUGUGCCGGUGACUCGCUUGUUUUAAGGUGCGUAUAAUGCCUGUCUGCUCUCUUAUCCGCUUCCUUACUCCAGUACGCAUUACUGAUAGCAACUUUUCUAUAUUUGUAGCUUUCAUCGGCGGCCCCUCCGGCAAGAACCAGCCAGUGUGUGGAACCCAUUGAGUGUAGUACGUCGGCAGCCUGGUGGUGAGAGGAACCCCUUGUGUGCGCACACAGUGAAAGAUAAGUAGUACUACAGAUCCUUAUAGGUUUAGUGAUCUCAGUGGUGCCCCAGGCUGCACGACCAGGUUCAUUCCUUUCUCUCUCUUACUUGCGCUCUCUCUCCCACUUGCGCUCUCUCUCUCUCUCUCUCUCUGUAUCUCUCUCUC